GAUUUAUCAUUUGUUUUUUGACAGAUGUGAUUUGACAAAGACGUAAUGAUUUUAUAAUACACAUACUGUUGUAUCUCCCCUUUUAUAUUUAUUAGAUACUAAUUAUUGUUUAUAUCAUUAUAUUUGAAAGUUAUGCGACUAUCGCUGUCGUCUGAUAUGUAAAUUUCAAGUUUAUAAUGGGCGACGGUUUAAAGCUGUCCAAAGAUAAGCGCCAUAGGAGCUCGAGUAGCAUCGGUGGAAAUGUGGUAGAAGGAACACGUUCAGAGCGAAAGCUAGAUUUGGCAGAAUCCAUUGCUGAAGUAGACGAUCAGUUUGCUUUAGCAGAAGCACGAUGCGAAAAUUUACAAGAAAAAAUUGAAUUAGUAAAAGUGAUGAAAAGGAAGAAAAAACUUAAAAAGCUAAGUAUGACCCGCGUCAAUGAAGCGCCUAUGCCACCCGAAAAUAUGUCCUUCAUUACUGUAAAAACGCAACCAAAAAAGAAGGCAGUCCAAUCGCGGCAGCGUCGGCAAGAGGCGCCCAGCCUCGACUCUGCGGCCGAAGAGCAGCGCCGCAUGCUCGGGCAGGUGCGCGGCUACACCGAGGCCUUCUAUGAACCGCAGCAUUCUUACAAGCAAUCGCAAAAUAUGGAACCGAAUCUUCGGCGGAUGCGCGAUCAUAGGACGUCUGCUGAUGGAGACAGGGUGAUGUACGGGAGGAGUCUGCAGAUCGACGACGGUCCAAGCCUGGCGCAGCCUAGGCCGACCGACCAGGAUGAUGCUUCGGAAAACUUAGAAUUUCGCCAACGCGACUUCAUGGGAUCGCGCAAAAAGACAUCGCCCGAAGUAAGGCCCCCAUCUCCGAAGCAGGUCGGUCGUCGAAAGCCCGUUCCGAGAGACGUUUCAGCCAAAACAGUAAGAGAAAAGUGGAAGGAACGAACACGAGAGCAAGCAAGGCACAAGUCUCCAGACCAGCGUGGCGUGCCUGCAUAUAAUAAUUUUACGUCUCUGCCAGCCGGGGACGAGCCCGGCGAGAGGCCGGUGGUGGAGCUCUUCAGCAACAACAUGAAGAAUGCGCCAUCGAACAUGUCCACGUGGCAGUCCGGCGGCUUGGAGCGGAAGCUUAAAAAGGAUGUACGAGACACUACGCGACGUGGGAUGCGCGCAGCUCGAGAAAAAUUUAGCGACCAAAGCACAGGUCCUUUAGGCGACGUGUCAAUGCAACCGGUAAAGGAUAAGGAGGCGCGGCACCCGCACAAGCUGAAAUACCGUUGUCGUCGCUACGAGCUGCCGACCAUGGCCUCUCAGAUGAAGCAGGCGGGCGCGCGCUACUACCAAGGCACCGGCGCCUACCCCAACAUACCUUUUGUGGUCAGCAAGAGCACCGCCCCCUCGCACAACAUCGGCGUCAACAUACAGCAGGUGCUAAACGGCCUCAAAGUGCAGCAACCGUUAACUGGCAUUCCACCUACAAUAGCACAUCACAUGGGCUUAGGACAUAUUUCUACGUUUAUGGCUAAUAACAAUGUAGCGCCGGCCUUGUCAGAGCAUCGCGAGAUCAACAGCAUCAGGCUAGGACGGCGGCUGGUGCGGCUCCCGUCGCACAAGUACAUGUCGUACAACCGCGCGCUCAACCUGUACCGCGAGGGCGACGGCAUGGUGCCGCGCUUCCUGCGCGCCAUCAGUCGCCCGCACUACUUCUACACAUCCAUGUACAACAGCUUGGCUACGACCCGAGAGGACUUGGACGCCGCGACGUCGAAGGGCAACAACGUGGCCGCGCAGGACGCCAAGCAGAGCCUGGCCGAGUACGCCAGCCUGUACCGCGAGUACGAGCAGCUGGACAGGUCGCUCCGCGAAGGCGACUAUAAUCCGGAGUGGGAACGUCGGAGAGACGAGAUUUGGAAGGAACUGGCAUUGCGAGAGGAGCGUGUCCGCAAGAUGGUACAAGAUUACAGAGGAUCAGACGCAGACCUUGCGCCCCUGCGCGCGUCCGCGUCCACCACCGAGGACGGCUGCCGCCGCCGUUCCUGCUACAAAUUAGGAGACCUGCAACAUUGAUGCC